UUGACAGGGCGCGAUGGCGGCCGCCGGCGGUGCGGGAGCGCCGGCCAGCGUGUCGGAGAAGCAGGAGUUUUACCAGCUUCUCAAGAACCUCAUCAACCCGAGCUGCAUGGUGCGGAGGCAGGCGGAGGAGGUCUACGAGAACAUCCCGGGUCUGAGUAAAACCACGUUCCUCCUGGACGCUGUCAGGAAUCGGAGAGCCGGCUAUGAGGUGAGACAAAUGGCUGCCGCGCUGCUACGACGGCUUUUGUCCUCCGGGUUUGAGGAGGUCUAUCCAAAUCUUCCCGCUGAGGUCCAGAGGGAUGUCAAGAUUGAGCUGAUACUGGCCGUUAAGUUAGAAACGCAUGCUAGCAUGAGGAAAAAGCUGUGCGAUAUUUUUGCGGUGCUGGCCAGGAAUUUGAUAGACGAGGAUGGCACCAACCAUUGGCCAGAAGGUCUCAAGUUCCUGAUUGAUUCCAUUUACUCUAAAAAUGUGGUACUGUGGGAAGUGGCACUUCAUGUCUUCUGGCACUUUCCUGGGAUUUUUGGGAACCAAGACCGCGGCGACUUGGAUAUCAUCAAAAGGUUGUUGGACCAGUGUAUACAGGAUCAAGAACAUCCAGCAAUUCGGACAUUAUCUGCUAGAGCUGCAGCUGCGUUUGUGCUCGCUAACGAAAAUAAUAUCGCUCUUUUCAAAGACUUUGCCGACUUGCUUCCCGGCAUCUUACAGGCUGUGAAUGAUUCAUGCUACCAGGAUGAUGAUUCCGUGCUAGAAUCCCUUGUGGAGAUUGCAGAUACUGUGCCGAAGUACUUGGGUCCUCAUUUAGAAGAUACCCUACAGCUGAGCCUGAAGUUAUGCGGAGACUCCAGACUUAGUAAUCUGCAACGCCAGCUGGCUCUGGAAGUCAUCGUGACUUUAUCUGAGACCGCAACGCCAAUGUUGAAAAAACAUACAAAUAUUAUUGCACAGGCCAUCCCUCAUAUAUUGGCAAUGAUGGUUGAUCUACAAGAUGACGAGGACUGGGUAAACGCUGAUGAAAUGGAAGAAGACGACUUUGAUAGUAAUGCUGUUGCUGCUGAGAGUGCGCUAGACAGACUGGCUUGUGGGCUUGGUGGGAAAGUAGUUUUACCGAUGACCAAGGAGCACAUCAUGCACUUGCUUCAGAGCCCUGACUGGAAAUGUCGACAUGGUGGACUCAUGGCCUUAUCUGCCAUUGGAGAAGGUUGCCAUCAGCAAAUGGAACCAAUUCUAGAUGAAACAGUCAACUCUGUUUUGCUUUUUCUUCAGGAUCCUCAUCCAAGGGUGAGGGCAGCUGCCUGUACUACACUUGGACAAAUGGCCACAGAUUUUGCACCUAGUUUCCAAAAGAAAUUCCAUGAAACGGUGAUUACAGCUUUGUUGCGCACCAUGGAAAAUCAAGGUAAUCAACGUGUACAAUCUCAUGCAGCUUCUGCUCUUGUUAUUUUUAUUGAAGACUGCCCCAAGUCAUUGCUAAUUCUGUAUUUGGAUAAUAUGGUUAAAAGUCUACAUUCCAUCUUGGUAAUUAAACUUCAGGAACUGAUUCGGAAUGGGACUAAAUUGGCCUUGGAACAGCUUGUGACAACCAUUGCCUCAGUUGCAGAUAGAAUAGAAGAAAGUUUUGUUCCAUAUUAUGAUAUAUUUAUGCCCUCCUUAACGCACAUUGUUGAGCUUGCUGUUCAAAAGGAACUCAAGCUUCUGAAAGGAAAAACGAUUGAAUGCAUUAGCCAUGUUGGUCUUGCUGUUGGGAAGGAAAAAUUCCUGCAAGAUGCAUCCAAUGUGAUGCAGUUAUUGUUGAAGACACAGUCAGACUUAAAUAAUAUGGAAGAUGAUGACCCUCAGACCUCUUACAUGGUUUCAGCAUGGGCUAGAAUGUGUAAAAUUCUUGGAAAAGACUUUCAGCAGUAUCUUCCACUGGUCAUAGAGCCUCUAAUAAAGACUGCUUCAGCUAAACCUGAUGUUGCUCUGUUAGACACACAAGAUGUGGAGAACAUGAGUGAUGAUGAUGGUUGGCAGUUUGUAAAUCUUGGAGACCAGCAAAGCUUUGGAAUUAAAACUUCAGGACUUGAGGCAAAAGCAACUGCUUGCCAGAUGUUGGUUUACUAUGCCAAAGAGUUAAGAGAAGGAUUUGUGGACUAUACAGAGCAUGUUGUGAAGCUGAUGGUUCCUUUGCUAAAAUUUUAUUUUCACGACAAUGUUCGGGUGGCAGCUGCAGAGGCCAUGCCCUUUCUCUUGGAAUGUGCAAAAAUGUGUGGCCCAGAGUAUCUUUCACAGAUGUGGCAGUUCAUAUGUGAUCCGCUAAUCAAGGCUAUUGGGACUGAACCUGAUAUAGAUGUGCUCUCAGAAAUAAUGAAUUCUUUUGCAAAGUCCAUUGAGGUAAUGGGUGAUGGUUGCCUUAAUGAUGAACACUUGGAAGAACUGGGAGGAAUUUUGAAGGCAAAACUUGAAGGGCACUUUAAAAACCAAGAGUUACGGCAGGUUAAGAGACAAGAAGAAAAUUAUGACCAACAGGUUGAGAUGUCUCUGCAAGAUGAGGAUGAAUGUGAUGUGUAUAUUUUGACCAAAGUAUCAGAUAUAUUGCACUCAUUAUUUAGUACUUACAAGGAAAAGAUUUUGCCAUGGUUUGAACAGCUGCUUCCAUUAAUUGUAAAUCUAAUUUGCUCAAGUAGGCCCUGGCCAGACAGACAGUGGGGAUUGUGCAUAUUUGAUGAUAUCAUAGAGCACUGCAGUCCAACCUCAUUUAAGUAUGUUGAAUAUUUCCGGUGGCCAAUGCUACUCAAUAUGCGAGAUAACAACCCUGAAGUCAGGCAAGCUGCUGCUUAUGGCCUGGGGGUUAUGGCACAGUUUGGUGGGGAUGAUUAUCGUUCUCUUUGUUCAGAAGCUGUUCCACUGCUGGUAAAAGUUAUUAAGUGUGCAAACUCCAAAACCAAAAAAAAUGUCAUUGCUACAGAGAACUGCAUCUCAGCAAUAGGAAAGAUUUUAAAGUUUAAGCCUAACUGUGUAAAUGUAGAUGAAGUUCUUCCACACUGGUUAUCGUGGCUUCCACUGCAUGAAGAUAAAGAGGAAGCUAUUCAGACUUUGAGUUUUCUCUGUGACUUAAUUGAAAGUAACCACCCAGUUGUAAUUGGUCCAGAUAAUUCCAAUCUCCCCAAAAUAAUCAGUAUAAUUGCGGAAGGGAAAGUUAAUGAGACUAUUAACUAUGAAGAUCCUUGUGCCAAACGCCUAGCUAAUGUUGUUCGCCAGGUACAGACUUCUGAAGAGUUAUGGUUGGAAUGCAUAGCCCAACUAGAUGAUGAACAGCAGGAAGCCUUACAGGAGUUGCUAAAUUUUGCUUGAAGCACUUUAAUGGCAUUUCAAAAUCAUCUACCAUAGUAACUACAAAAAUGGUGUGAGUGGAUAAAUGAAAGAACUCUUCUCCCUCUGCUAAGCAGCUUUCUUCCCCAUGUUUCUUCAGGUUUAGUCAGUGUUAUAGCCUACUGUUUACUUUGCAUGUUAUAGCUAUUAAGUAUAAACUGUGGUUGUAACUUGUGCUUCCAGUUGUCUUAGAGUAUCCUCACCUUUACCCUGUUUGGUGUGAAAUAUAUAAAUUGUUCUAUUUGUUUCAAUUGUUGAUGCUGGGUAAACAGUAUUCUAGUGUCAAGGUGUCAUGUGAAAACAAGUUGCUAAGAACUGACAAAGAUAGGAGAACUUCCAGGGCAAACAUCUUUGGAACUGAGGCUGAAGGAUAUAGUGGCAGGCUUGUUCUCCUUUGAUAAUACUCUUGGUGGUUAUGGUAAAUGAAGGAUGCUGGAACUGAGUUUCAAGAUAUUGCAGUGGUGUGGGAGUUUAUAAUAUAUACGAGUUUUUCAGAGAGCUGGUUGGGAAUACCUAUAUUCCAGUCCCCAAAGUGUCUAGAAUUAUGAAAAGUUGUGUUUUUGUUUUUGUUUUUUUUU